CGGACUUCCUCCUCUUCAUUAGCUCCGCCCGCCCGCCUCGCACUGAGAUAGAGAUCCGCUGCCCCUCCCGCACGCACACACCGACACACACUGGGACUGAGCGGAGCUGUGAGCCCGGAGAGGAGGACUGAUGACCGCCAGACGAUGGGACGUCACAUGUUUCUGAACAAACUGUGUUAACUGAAGCAAACUGAAGCGUCUGACGGCAGCAGUGGGACGAGUUUACCAAACAGACUCACUGAAGGAACCCAGAGUUUUGCUUCUUAUAUCCGAGAAGCAGAAAAAAAGGAGCUUGUUGUGUGUAGCAGGUUGCUGAAGGGUCAGAGGUCAUCAUGCAGAGUAUAAAGUGUGUGGUGGUGGGUGACGGUGCUGUGGGGAAAACCUGCCUCCUCAUCUCAUACACCACCGGAGCGUUUCCCAAAGAGUACAUCCCCACCGUGUUCGACAACUACAGCAGCCAGGUGACGGUGGACGGCAGGAUCAUCAGUCUGAACCUGUGGGACACGGCGGGCCAGGAGGAGUACGACCGACUGAGGACGCUCUCUUACCCGCAAACCCACGUCUUCAUCAUCUGCUUCUCCAUAUCCAGCCCGGCCUCCUACGAGAACGUCAAACACAAGUGGCAUCCAGAGGUGUCUCACCAUUGUCCCGACGUUCCCAUCCUCCUGGUCGGCACAAAGAGCGACCUCCGGGAAGACAGCGAGACUCAGAGGAAGCUGAAGGAGCAGAACCAGACGCCCGUCACGCACCAGCAGGGCGCAGCCCUCGCCCGCCAGAUCCACGCCAUGCGUUACAUGGAGUGUUCGGCCCUCAACCAGGACGGCAUAAAGGACGUGUUUGCCGAGGCCGUGAGGGCCUUCCUCAACCCGCAGCCCGUCGUCAGCAAGAAGCCCUGCGUCCUGCUGUAGGACCGGAGCACCAGCGGGUUUCAGCGGCGUUACUGCCUCAGAGACUGUUCUAUGCAAAGAAUUUGUUUUUAUGUUUGGGUAGAAUUCUAUCUUUGAAGAAUUAGAAAAGGUAGUUCUGGGCUCAGUUUGUGAAGCUGGGCGUACACUGUGCGAAAUGUUGUUUAAUGUCAACUAACACUGUACGAGGUAAUCGUCUGCGAUGUAAAACCAAAGCUCACCGUUUAUGUGCUCACACUGUACGUGUAAAAUAAAGAAUGAAACGUUCCCACGCACCGUUCUGCUAUUGAAAAUUGUCAAUAAAGAUUUGUGUGAAAGCUCCGAGGCAGGUAGAAGUUUGUUUGCUAGCAGAAGUCUGUAACGUUCCACAACGAUGCUAACGAUCAUCUGUGCCGUCCGUACACUGGUUUUAAGAAGUGACGGCGGUUUGUGAAUCUUGUUAUUGUCCGUCGCCAUCUUGGUUUUUGUACUGUAACGUUAUAGUACAACUGUAGCAGAUAUUCGAUCCAAAUCUACGAGACGUGCAGCUAAAGAAUCGUGUCAUUAACGCGCUCAAAUCGUACGGUGUCAGUCCAGCUUCACGUGGCUCAGUCGGAGUUCAGGGGGAGCGAACAUUCAUUUGAAGCAUUUCUGUAAUGAGUUUUUAAGAAAUCAUUAAAAUCAGAUGAAACUCAA